AGGGAGCAUAGUUUCUUGACACUCCUCCAUACCAUGUAUAUAUGCAUAUUUUAAUUCCUCUUUUGAUUACUUUCAUAUUGGAAUAGAAUGUUAAACUGUGAUAUUGUGAUUGACUCAAUCACUAUUACUAGUGUUGUUAAGCUUUCAGUUUAAUGGCAGAAUAUGGUGGCACCCUUCUUCCGCUGCAGGAACUGCAAAAACCCUCUGGCCCUGUGCGAAGAUCUUCUGUCGAAAAACUUGUGGUAAAAUCUGGGGCAUCAUAUAUGUUCUCUCAUGCAAUGAACGUCAUUGUGGGACAAAAAGAGGACAGGAAGUUGAUGGCUGGUGUUUUUUCUGUUGCUGGUAUACAUUGCAGCAACUGUGGCCAAUAGUUAGGAUGGAAGUAUAUUCGAGCUUAUGAUCCGCGACAUAUGUUCAAGGA